AGGGAGCCCAGAGCUGCAUUGCCUGGCCUCCACUUUUCCUCACCAGCUCUGCACUCCCCACAUCAUGUUUGGAGAGCACUGCAGUCUCCCUUCAGAGCAAACUCUGCUCAGCCAUCCCCCCAAAACUGGACUCCGCUGCAAAAUGGUGCUUCAGGCAGUCAGCAAAGUACUCAGGAAGUCUAAAGCUAAGCCAAACGGCAAGAAAACUGCUUCAGAGGAGAAGAAAGUGUACCUGGAGCCAGAGCACACCAAGUCCAGGAUCACCGAUUUUGAGUUCAAGGAGCUGGUAGUGCUGCCCCGGGAGAUCGACCUCAACGAGUGGCUGGCCAGCAACACAACAACAUUUUUUCACCACAUCAACCUGCAGUAUAGCACAAUCUCAGAAUUUUGCACAGGAGAGACGUGUCAGACAAUGGCCGUGUGCAACACACAAUACUACUGGUAUGACGAGCGGGGGAAGAAGGUCAAGUGCACUGCCCCCCAGUAUGUUGACUUUGUCAUGAGCUCUGUGCAGAAGCUGGUAACUGAUGAAGAUGUGUUCCCCACAAAAUAUGGCAGAGAAUUCCCCAGCUCCUUCGAGUCGUUGGUGAAGAAGAUCUGCAAGUAUCUGUUUCAUGUGUUGGGCCACAUCUACUGGGCCCACUUCAAGGAGACCCUGGCCCUUGAGCUGCACGGACACUUGAACACAUUGUACGUGCACUUCAUCCUCUUCGCCAGAGAGUUCAACCUGCUCGACCCCAAAGAAACCGCAGUCAUGGACGACCUCACUGAGGUGCUGUGCAGCAGCCCGGGUAGCAGUGGUGCCACUGGGGAUGGGACCAGCAGUGGAGCUUCCGGAGCACAGAACCACGUGAAGGAGAGAUGAGCCUCCAGGGCUAGAUGGGUGCACAUGUGCAAAGAGACAACUGUGUGUCUGUGUGUGCGCACACAUGCCCGGGCGUGCUGGUGGCAAAGUCUGAGGGCCCCAGGCUGCGCAGAGUGUGGGCUCCAUGGAUGCCGCUGGAGUCAAGGCGUGUUUCCUGACUUUCCUGUUGGAUGGAUGAGUGCUGUUUGUAGUGAAGAGCCUUUGGAGUCAUUCAUUCAUUCAACAAACAUUUAUUGGACUGAUGUUUUGAUUUUUCUUCUGUGGGGUUUUCCUUUCUUGGGUCUUCCAUGUGGCUCUUGCCCUCCCCUCCCCCAUUUCAGGGGGGCUCUGCAGCUUUGAGAGAAGCACCUUGUGAGAGGUGUCUCCCCCUAUGGGCCUUGCCCUGCAGACCUGGAGUUCUGCUGUGCUUUGGGGAUGGGCUUUACAGAGGCCCACCCUGCAGCUUCCCUCCCUAGCCCUUGCCUGGAUCUUGGCUCGGAGUCCCUGGGGGAGAGAGGCCUGGGGUGACCAUGAGGGCCCACACCUGCUGCUUGCUCCUGUCACCCCUUCUUGCUGCCUCCUCAGUGCCCAUGCAGGUCCCAUUUGUGCAUAAGGGCCAGGGCAGCACCAGGACCUGGCUGAGGCCCUGUGUGGAGGCAGGGCUGUCAGUGAAAGGCAGAAUCUGCUUUAGUUCACCUGUUCAGUCAUAAUAAAAGAAUUCUCUCAGGUCAGA